GGCUGGUGGUUUUCCAAACCUGAAGUCUUUUCUAAUCAAAGCAAGGAGAAGAUUUACAGAUAUCGAAUAUGCAAGGAGCUGAAGAGAGAACUACUGAAAUAGAUACUUGUCCAGGGUUUCUACAGAAGAGAGUCUGCAUCAGUGGGAAACAAGUAAUGUACACACCAGUGAGAUUUCAGACCAAAUGUUUUGAAGUUUAAUCACUCCAGAGGAUACAAUGAGAUGGGGCUACAUCAGAUCCUCUGAACAACAAAAGAAAAAAUAUGCAAUUGGACUUUGCCAAAGCCAGCUUUCUUAAACAGGGACGCGACAAGUUGAAGUGGGUUUUCGAGCUGUUCUCCCAGCCGUGAUUUCAAAGGCGGGAGAAACCACCGAUACGAAACCGCCCUGGACUUCCUAGAGAGGAAAUGGCGCGGUAUGGUGACGUCACGCCGACGGGGCGUGUUGGAGGUCACUUCCGGCAGCUCGGGAGUGCCGGGGACUCAAGGGCUAAAAGUGCGGCGCCCGGCUGCCAGUGUUGCCCGGAAACUGCAGGAACUAUGGAGAGGACAACAUGUGCACAUGUUUGUGUGCACACACCAUCACACCUCUUUUCCUGGAGAACAGUGCUGCUCUGAUGACAACCAUCUUAGAGAAGAUACCUCCUAAGUAUGAAUUUGAGAGGUUUCACCUACAUCUAAACCUAUUUGGAUAGAAACCCUUUCAAUGUGUUACAGACAGCACGAGUUCCAGCCAGAUUUCACACCGAAUGAAAAACUGAAGGGUUAACAUGCAGAAGAAAUCUUCAAAAUGUAGUGAGUGUGGAAAAUUGUUUACUCAGAGAUCUUCUCUUCUCCAGCAUCAAAGGAUUCACACAGGGGAGAAGCCCUAUGUGUGUAGUGAAUGUGGAAUGUGUUUCCGCAAACAGUCAAAUCUCACUCAACAUCUGAGAAUCCAUACGGGAGAGAAGCCUUAUAAAUGUAAUGUAUGUGAGAAAGCUUUCCAAGCAAAAGCAGUCCUAGUCCAGCAUCUGAGAAUUCAUACUGGAGAGAAACCCUAUAAAUGCAAUGAAUGUGGAAAAGCUUUUUGUCAGAGCCCAUCCCUUAUUAAACACCAGCGAACUCACACCGGAGAGAAACCGUAUAAAUGCCUGGAAUGUGGCAAAGCCUUCAGUCAGAGCGUAUGCCUCGCUCGUCAUCAGAGAAGCCAUUCUGGAGACAAGCCUUACAAGUGUAAUGAAUGUGGGAAAGCUUUCAAUCAGAGCACGUGCCUCAUGCAGCAUCAGAGAGUUCAUUCAGGGGAGAAGCCCUACGUGUGCACCAAGUGUGGAAAAGCCUUCACUCAGAACUCUUUUCUUGUCGAACAUGAAAGAACUCACACUGGAGAGAAACUUUAUAAGUGUAGUGAGUGUGAAAAAACUUUUCGCAAACAAGCACAUCUCAGUGAGCAUUACAGAAUUCACACUGGAGAAAGACCUUACGAAUGCACCGAAUGUGGGAAAUCCUUUCGGCACAGGUCAGCGCUUGUUCGACAUCAGAGGCUUCAUGCUGGAGAGUAAAACUUGGAAUACAAUGAACACGAAAAGAUUUAUAUGGAAAUGCCUUUUUUCUUUCUGAAUUCUUGGGAGUUUAAGACUCAGUCAGCAGUUGUUGAGACUAUUUUGUAUUUUGAACUAGAGGUGUUGUGUCCUAAAAGUUAAGAAAAUAUACCUCAGAGCAAGUAGUGUGUGUGAUGCCAUCUCUGCCACUUAAUGGAUUGUGAUCUUAUCCUCUCCAAGCCUUAGUUUCCCCAUCCUUACCCCCAAAAGAAAAAUGGGGAUAAUUCCUAGGGUUGUCUUAAGAAUAAAAUGAGUUGUAGAUGAGAGUUAACGGCCAUUAGUUAUUAUACAAAUGUUCUAAAAGUCUAUAAAAAUAUCUAAGUAUGCCUAUUAAGAACUAGCAA